GGAAAGGGAAUGGAAGGGUCCAUUCUACUUUAUCCAGGGUGCAGACCCACAGUUUGGACUGAUGAAGGCCUGGUCCACUGGGAACUGUGACAGUGGCGGUGACGAGUGGGAGCAGGAGAAGCGGCUCACUGAGCAGGCCGUCCAGGCCAUCAACAAGCUGGAGCCCAGACCCAGGUUCUUCGUUCUGUGUGGUGACCUCAUCCACGCCAUGCCAGGUUCCCAGGAGAACCCCGGCCCCUGCGGCCCACUGGCACGUCUGCUGGCUCUCAGUGCGUUUGAGCUGUUGGAGCUGCUGCAUCCUAGUCAACUCACAGGUGUUACAGUGGACCAGAGUGUCAGCUCAGGGCCAGAAACGCCACCUCAACUAAAGGCACAAGUUUUAACUGUGGCUGGGAAGAUACAGAUGUUUCUUUUUUCAAUGAAAAGAAAUGAUAGGGCCUUAAUAACAAGGAUGAGUUAAA